AUGGCGGCCAGCCGCAUGGCAGGAGAUGUCGUCACCUACACCGCUGUUGUGAGUGCCUGCGAGAAAGCGGGCGAGUGGGAGAAGGCUCUGGGGGUACUGGGCCGCAUGGUUGCAGCCCGUGUGCAGGGGGAUGUGGUCGUCUACAAUGCUGUCAUCAGUGCUCACGCGAAGGGCGCCCAGUGGCAGCGCGGCCUCCUGCUGCUGGCGAGGAUGAGAAGAAAAGGGCUCCAGCCAGAUGUUGUCAGCCACAACUCGGCCAUCAGCGCCUGCGCUCCGGAGAGGCGCUGGCCCAGGGCCCUGACACUGCUUGCCGGUCUCCAGGCGCAGGGUUCGCAGCGCGACGCCGUCUCCUGCAACGCCUGCGCCACCUGCUGCGCCGGGGUUUGGGCUCGCGCAGCUAUGCUCCUAGCGGCCGAUGCAUGCAAGAUAGUUGGCUACAAUGCCCUCGUGAGUGCCUACGAGAAAGGCUCUCUGUGGGCUUUGGCAUUCGACCUUUGGUCGGGUCUUUCUGGCCGGGAAGAGGCCGACGCCGUCACCCACAACUCCGUGAUCUGCGCCUGCGACGACGAAGGCCGCUGGCCGCUAGCGGUCCACAUCUUUGUGACCUUGCCCGACCUCCGUGUGCACCCAAAUGCUGUUGCCUGCAGUGCCGCCAUCAGCGCAUGUGAGAAAGGCCAGCAGUGGGAGCUUGCCCUGGCUCUGCUUGCCACCGCGCCGCAGCGGAGCGUCGUGGCCGUCAACGCCGCCAUCAGCGCCUGCGCCAAGGCCGCGUGUUGGUCGCAGGCCCUGGCAGCCCUAAGGAGCCUCGCCGGCGCGCACUUGGCCCCGGACGUCAUCUCCUUCAAUGCGGCCACCUUUGCAUGCCAGAUGACGGGGCGGUGGCGGACGGCCCUGAGCCUUCUGGCGGAGUGCGGCCUGCAAGCCGUCGAGCCCGACCUCAUCACCUUCAACACAGCCAUACUUGCAUGCGAGAAGCCAGGACGCUGGGAAGCAGCUCUUGGCCAUCUCGACGACCUGGCGCUCCACGGAUGGCAAGGCGACUCGCUGACCUACAAUGGCCUGCUGCGGGUUUGCUCGCAAGGCAGGCAGUGGCAGCGGGUUCUGCCUCUGCUGUCCACAAUGGAUGAGAGCCAGCUUCAGGGCAAUGCGGUCGCUUACGAAGCGGCCGUCCGAGCUUCCGAGGAGGCUUCGGUUCCUGUGCAAACUCUGGCCCUCCUCCGCCGGGAGGAGGGCCUCGCUGGCUCCUCGGUGACAUUUGGUCUGGGUGCCAGGGCUGACGAGGCACGGUGCGGUCACCGGCUCGCCGUUGCUGGUGGGAGGUUUUGGGAGUUCGUCGGAUGGCAGAAAAGUGUCCGGGAAUGCGGCCUGCGACGGGUGUCCGCAGGAGCUCUGCAUGCUUCCGUGCCUCAGCUCGUCGAGGAGCACGCGCAGGCUUCAGCCGGCCGCCAGGGCCAGGACUUCAGGUCCAGGGCUUCCGAGGUCCGUGGCGGCAGCUUCGUUGCCGUGCCCAGCGCGGGCCACGGGGUUGCUGUCGCCAAGCAGAACAUUCCAGUGCCCCACAGGCAAGAUGCAAAAACGCAGAACGCAGCUAAGUUUUUGAACGCCGCAGCGAGGUUUGAGCGAUUUUGGACUACCCUCCAUUCACCCAACCUGAUGCUGGUGACGGCUCCGGUUCAGGAUGGGCCGCGCCUCUCGGAGCAGCUCUUUCUACCCCCGUGCUCGCAACCAAAUAGUUAUGCCGAUCAAACAUCUGCUUACUCGGCAAUCUACGGCGAUGCUAUUGGCAAAGCUACGAACGACCUGGCUGAGCUCUUUUACGACCUCCUUCCCAAGCACACGAACCGAGCCGCUUUCUUCGCCGAUGUCACCGCUGCGAAGCAGCAAAAGGUUGCGUGGCUGAGUGGCGAGGUUUGCAGGGACUUCACCUUUGAUCUCGCAGGUGGUGGUGAGGUUGUGGGUGGGUGGUCUGUUACUACUGCCAUAAGACGGACCCGCCGCAACUUUGCAGUGGCACUCGAAGAGAACGUGGAAGUGCGGUAG